AGGCCAUGGUAGCAAAUGAUAAACACAUUUUUGAAGAAGAAGAUGGCCACUGGUUUUGCCCUGGCAAAUGAAGAUCUUCUUCAAAACAUACUCUCCAGAUUACCUGCCUUAUCUUUUGCAUCAGCUGCCUGUGUUAGCAAAUCUUGGAACAAAGUUUGCAACCGAAUUCUCUCUCGCCCAAAGCUCUCUUCCGCACUCUCCCUCUCCCCUUCUCAUCAUGUUGCUGUAGAAGAGGUUCUCAACAAGGUUCUGUCUGAGCCUAUUCGUCCACACUUCGCAAUCGCCUGUGUUGGACUGCAGUUUAACUUGACAGCCACUCACCAACUUAUUGCUGAGAAACUGGGCUCUAGAAUCCCUAUAAUUACUAACGCUGCAACUGGUAUUAUUGGUAGGGAUGCCGGUACAAAUGAACUCAGAGAGGUGAAAUGGGAAAUACUUGAAGAGAUUGGCCUUGACCAGGGAGAAAAUAAUUUCGUGACUGAUCAACUUGAUUAUUGCGGAAUCGUCUUGGUUAUUGGAUAUGUACCUGGACUAAAAGUUGACGCCAUCCCCCUUUUACGACCCAAAACGGAACCUAGAGUCACCAUGGUUGAUACAUUUCUGAAGGAUAUCAGGGAUUACACAGCCUCUGUUUCAGAUUGCACGUCCCCUGAUGGGAUCAUAUUAUUUGGAGACCAACGGAUCGACUUGAAACCCAUCCUCGCGGAAAUGGAUUAUGGCAUGCAUGAAGAAACAGUCAUCGUGGGUGAUGCAAGUGCCUGCUUCUUGUUUAAAAGUGGGGAUGAUUCUCGGAUAUACGAUGGGAAUUCCUACUUCUUCGAUGCUGUUGCUCUUGUAUUUGCAAGGGACAAGUCAGAUGCAUUCAAAGGAGAAAUUAAAUUCCAUCUUGCCUUGUCGAUUGGUGUACUACCAUUUGGUCCCAAACUCAAGGCUGUUUCUGUACGAAUUCACAACUCAGAUUGUUCCUGGUUGACUGCAAGAAUGGAAGGAUAUCAAGAAAUUCUAGAUAGCGAGGGACUUCUAGAAGAUAUCAAUGAUCAGAUUGAUGAUGAGUAUCCAUAUUUGUACAUUGGGGUCACACAUCAAAGGGAACGCUCCAUUGGCUUACAGAAUUCAGGAUCAAGAUCACAUCUAGCUUUAUACGAAGUCUUAGGAGGAAGCGAAGAGUACUUUGCUGUUGAUGGUAUUGGCAUAAAACCUGGUGAAUCCUUCAUAUUCUACCACUCAGAUUCCGACACUGCAUCAUCUUCUAGUGGAAAUGCAUUCGAAGACAUCAGCAUCCUGAAGGCAGCUGAUCACCAUUGCACAAGCAGGGGUGUUAAGAAAGAAGUUUUGGGAGGUCUAAUAUUUUCUUGCUGUUCUCGAAGCGAGUCACUUUCUGCGCGUGGUAAUGUUGAAAGCUUGCCAUUGAGCAACAACUUUCCUGGCAUCCCACUGGCAGGAGUGUUUUGUGCUGGAGAAAUAGGACGUGGGGGUGGGUCCGCAAGUUUAAUUAGGCAAGAAGAAAAUGCUGCGGAAGUUUGCUCAAUGUCAAGUCGAUGCUUUUUGCAUCAUUACAGCACAGUUUAUUUGGUUAUGUCAUACACUCCACCACUUUUAACAUCAAUGGAUACCAGGCAACCAUCUUCGUCGAAUAACAACUACAAAACUGAAAGUGAGCUCGUUCUGAAGAACGAAGGUCUUCUCUAUAGCAUAUUGUGUAAACUUCCCGCCUGGUCCUUUGCUUCAUCAGCAUGCGUUUGCAAAACUUGGCACAAAGUCUGCAAUCAAAUCCUCGCUUGCCCUAAAAUAGCCUCCGCUUUUUCCCUCAACACUACUCCUCGGAUUUCUGUAAAAGAGGUUGUUGAUAAGGUGCUAUCAGCGCCCAUUCGACCGCAUUUUGCCAUUGCAAACGUUGGCAGAGGAUUUGACUUUGAUCAGACUAUCCAAUGGUUAGCUGGAAGUUUGGGAUCCCAAACUCGAAUUAUUGUAUCACGUGCUCAUGGAAUAAUGGGCAGACAUGCUAUUACUGAUCAGUUUCGAGAGGUGAAAUUUGUGGAUAUUGAUGAUUAUCCUUGUAUACAAGAAGGAAGUUCAGGCAUUGUAUUGACAGUAGGCUUUGUUCCAGGACUAAAAGUUGAUGCUAUUCCGCUAUUACAACAGAAGAGGGCAUCUCAAGUGGCUAUGAUUGAUCAAUUUGUGAUGGAUAUUAGGAAUUACACAAUCUCUGUCUCAGACUGUGCAUCUCCAGUCGGGAUUAUAAUGUUUGGAGAUGAAGAUGCUGACCUGAAACUUGUCAUUGAAAAGUUGGAUUAUGCCUUGUCUAUGGAAACUGUCAUUGUGGGUGAUCAGAGAUGCCAGUUCUUUUAUAGAAGUGGGAAUCAAUUAAGAAAUGUUUGUGAAAGCAUAGUAUACGAUGCUGUUGCUCUUGUAUUUGCAAGUGAUAAAGACAAACUCCAUGAUACAGGGAAAAUUCAGUUCCAUCUUGCAUUGUCGAAAGGUGUUGCAGCAAUAGGUCCAAGGCAUAAGGCAGUUUCUGUUAGAGCAAAUAACCGUGAUCCCAUCACAUGGCUCACUGCCAGAAGGGAAGGAAAUCAACAGAACCUUGAUGGUCAACAAAUCUUAGAUCAUAUACAUGAUGAGAUGGGAAAUGAUGUUCAAUGUCCUGAACUGUACAUCGGAGUUACAAAACGAAGAAAGUGCUCCAUCGGGUCAGAAAAGCCAGGGCUGAUUACUUCCUUGGCAUUCUAUGCCGUUGUUGAAGGAGACGAGCAGUACCUUUAUGUUGAUGGUCUUGGUAUCAAAAGUGGUGACUAUUUCCAGUUUUACUAUCCAGAUACAGCUACUGCAUUAGCUUCAUGUCGUAAUAUCAACACAAAGUUCAGAAAUCUAAAGGCAGAGUACGAUUCCAGAAGUUGCCUCCACAAAAGGGGUAUUGCUGAUAGUGUUGGUAAGGAAGUACUAGGAGGUUUUAUUUUCUCCUGCUGUGGCCGCGGAGAUCCAUUCUUUGGAUGCUGUAAUGUUGAUAGUUACCCAUUUAUGGAGAACUUUCCUGCAGCUCCAUUGGCAGGAAUAUUUUGUGGUGGGGAAAUCGGACGUGGAUCUUCCAAUUUAAUGGGGCAAGAAAGUCAAGAAGGAAGCUCUCCUCGUUCCAGUCUGCAUUUUUAUGGCACGGUUUUCUUGUUGAUGUCAUAUACACCAGCUUGUCCAGAGCAUUAGGCCUUGCUUACAGCUUUCAUGUCAAGAUGGGCGUACUUAGUUGAAAAUGACUAAACUCUCGCUAGGUUUUUUUUUUUUUUUGUUUUCUGUUUCCAGUUCUCUACAUGAAAGAAGUUAGGGGCUGGGCUGAAUGGGAGUGAAAUGAAUGUAUCUAGAUGAAGGACUCUUCCGUAAAGUCUGAAUUGCGUAAAAUAUUGGAUUUGCGUCGAACAUUUCUUGUAGGACACUUAGAUUGUGCAUAAAUUAUAGAAAGGGAAGAAACCUUACAUAAUUAUUUAUUCUAUUGAUGGUUUGGAGUGAAUUGUCAUGACUAUCACUCAUGAUAGUUUGGAUUUAUGUAAUUGAUGAGAUAAAAAUGUUGUUUGUUAACUUAGUCUUAGAGGGUGCAUGUUGUUGUUCCGCGAAAGAAUACCAUUUUCGUCCCUGAGGUUUGGACGGAGAAACCCUUGGGUCUAGUUAAAUAUUUUAGUAGUAUUAGAGUCCUUUUCAAUUGUCAGAGU